AUGUCUAGUUACCAAGCCCUCAACUUUGGCUUCGAGCUUGAGCUAUCUCUCAAUAGCAGCAAGAAGCACAAAAACUGGCUAUCCAUGGCUCAAGACACCAGCAGUCGCUUGGCCAAGAAAGGAGUCAGCAAUCAUGUUAAAGAAAAGGUGGAUGGGAACUACCGUAAAUGGUCCAUUGUCCAGGAGAUCACGAUCCCUCAGAAUCCUGCCAAGAACAACUGGGCCCUUGAGCUAGUUUCCCCCGUCUUCAGCCUCGAGUCUCAGUGGCUGUCCGAUGCAGACAACAUCUUUUCUGCUGUCCAGAAGCACUCGUCCGUUCAGAUGCUUCCCCAGUGCAGCACUCACGUACACGUCAGCCAGGCAGAUCAGGAGUUCUCGUCAUUCCAACUGGCCUCUUUGGGCAAGGCCAUCCUGGCAUAUGAAGCUUGCUUCGAUGCCCUCGUACCGAAGGACAGAGCUGCCGCCUACUGGUGCCAGAGCAACCGCCGGAACCCGGUGCUAUGUCGUUACCAGACCCUUGAAGACUGUCUCGACGCUCUCGACGUCGCGGCUCAACGAGGGACUACCGCCGUCGUUGAAGCGAUGUGCCUCUUUCCGGCAUCCAGUGCGUAUGGAAGAGCACAUGGGAGAAAGAGAGAUUUCGUUCACGGCAAAGUCUACAAGUGGAACUUUGCCCGCUUGCUAGGGCACGACCACAGCCGCACUAUUGAAUUUCGACAGCCUUCGGGCAGUACUUGCAUGGAAGAUGCCAUCGGCUGGGUUCUGUUGACACUAACGUUCGUUGCUGGUGCAACUGGAGGCGGCAACUGCAUCGGCUCGUUGGAGAGUGGCGGUGAUGACCGGUUGGAAUUUUGGCAGCUUUUGUGUCAUGGAGCUGGGGUUCUUGGACUUGAUCCCUUUCUACUUAAUGUCUUGAGCGGGUUCAUUGGUCGUGCAGCAGCUUGA